AUCAGUAGCUAGCUGUUCGAAGCUUUCAGCCGAUCGAGCACCAUCGUCACAGUCAGUAGUAGCCAAGCAUAUUUCUUUCUCCGAGUGAUUUGCGCUGAGCGAUCAGUUCAUCCAGAGCGAGCGGAGCUGAGCUGAGCUGAGCGAGCUUGCGUUGCUUGAGAGACCCUGCUGCCAUGGCUUCCCACCAGGACAAGGCUAGCUACCAGGCCGGCGAGACCAAGGCCCGCACCGAGGAGAAGACCGGGCAGGCGGUGGGGGCGACCAAGGACACGGCGCAGCACGCCAAGGACCGGGCGGCGGACGCGGCGGGGCACGCGGCGGGCAAGGGCCAGGACGCCAAGGAGGCCACCAAGCAGAAGGCGUCCGACACCGGCAGCUACCUGGGCAAGAAGACCGACGAGGCCAAGCACAAGGCCGGCGAGACGACGGAGGCCACCAAGCAGAAGGCCGGCGAGACGACGGAGGCCGCCAAGCAGAAGGCAGCCGACGCCAUGGAGGCCGCCAAGCAGAAGGCCGCCGAGGCCGGGCAGUACGCCAAGGACACCGCUGUCUCCGGCAAGGACAAGUCCGGCGGCGUCAUCCAGCAGGCCACUGAGCAGGUGAAGAGCGCGGCGGCGGGCGCCAAGGACGCGGUGAUGAGCACGCUGGGGAUGGGCGGGGACGACAAGCAGGGCGACGCCAACACCAACAAGGACUCCUCUACCAUCACCAGGGAUCACUAGACGCGUGUAUGCACACGCACUUGGUCCGAUCCUGUCGUCCGUGACCCUGUUUGCUUGUUCGCGAGUCCAGUAUGGGUUUGUGCACGUUUUCAGUGUCAUGGUUUCCUUCUCUACGAAAUUUGGUGUUGUAAGUUUGAUUCGCAGGUACGUUGCUGUGUUUUUUCUGCGUCAUCAUGUCUGUAAACGAGUCGGGCGGGUUUGAGUGUCCUUUGUUGUGAUAAUAAAGUUGGUAAAUCGUAAUUAAUAUAUAGCAUGCGACUGUCUUGCUAUGGCCUA